AUGAGGUCGCUAAAUUGCUUGCUUUUUGAGAUUGUGUUGAUUUCAGCAUCGUCAUUUUUGUGGGCCAGUCCACAAAACUACUACUACAAUGGAUAUGCACAGAGUUCGCCGUGGGAUGGAGUAGUUCCUACGUAUCUUUCGAUUGAUAAUUACGGAAAUUGCCAGGCCUUCGAUCCUUUGGCUGGUCCUUUGGUCGGAAGAUGUGUGAGGUAUGUGGAUUGCAUUAGUGCCAUGCAAUCUGUGCCCCAAGUGACGCCCCUACUCUGCCCAUCGGUGUGGCCAAAUCAACUGGUGUGUUGUCCACAUGGCGGCUACGUGAUUCCGGCCCCCAGGGUUUCAAAAAGCGAAGAAGCCUGUUCGAUUGCCUAUCCAAGAGCUCAUCAUAAGCGCCGACGACGCCGUCGAAGUACUAACCAUAAUCAAGAACAAGUGGAACCAAUUGAGCCAAUUAUCCAGAAGCACAAUCAAAGUAGCCUUUACAUCAUGGGUGGUAGACCAACUCCGGACAACGAGCAUCCUUAUAUGUGUGCUCUCGGUAGGCUAUCCCGCACAAAUAGAUCCCAGCCAGCGGAUUCCAGCAAGCGGAGAUAUAAUUUUUACUGUGGCUGUGUCCUGAUUUCGCCGUGGUUCGCCAUAACGGCCGCCCACUGUGCCAACCCCAAGGGGAUACCUCCGUCCGUGGCGUUGAUUGGUGGCCUUGAGUUGAACAGUGGUCGCGGGGAACUCAUUAAAAUCCAACAGAUAACCAAGCACCCGCACUACGAUGAGGUGACCGAUUUCAACGAUUUAGCGGUGAUCAAAUUGGCCAAGAGAUCCUACCAUCAAGUGGCCUGCCUGUGGAACCAGGAAUUCCUGCCCAAAACCCCGCUGACUGCUCUGGGCUAUGGGCGAACAAAGCGCGAUGGCCCACCGACCAACAAUCUGCAGCAAAUAAAGCUUCACCACUUGAAUAUGAAGCGAUGCCAGAAUAUGCCAUAUUUUAGAAAUCGUGGCAGAUCUGUAAAUGACCAGGAAUCGGGACAACUAUGCGCGGGGGACGACUCCGGUAAUAUAGACACUUGUAAGGGAGAUUCUGGAGGACCUCUGUUGCUACACCAACAAAUACGGCAUCAAAGGAUUCCCUAUGUAGUGGGCCUAACCUCAUUCGGAGGAUCCUGUGACUCUGGACAACCCGGUGUGUAUGUGAGAAUAGACCACUACAUUCAGUGGAUAGAGCAGCAGGUGUGGCCAUGA